AUGGCAUCGACUUCCAACUCAAACCAUCAACAUCCUCCGUCCACUUCGGCUGCCGAGUUCUCGACCAACCCGACCACCUCCGCUAAUGUCGAUCCUAAUAACCACCUUGCAAAUAGCGGAUAUGCGCCCAGUGAGAAUCAACUAGCUGGAUUGGUGGAGGCCGCCACUGCUGCUGCCGGUCAGGAAGUCUCCGACUGGGCUGCUGCUGCCGCUGUCGCUGCUGCGGCGGGGGCCGCGGGACUCCAGCAUCACCUCGAAUAUGGUACGGAUACCCACAUCGAUGAGGAUAGCUUUGCAGAUGCAAGUUUUGGUGCUGGAAUGGGACCGCAGCGGCAUAUGCGCGGACCGGGGUCUGCCUCUAUGAGUGAACAUGGCCAGCCUUCCGGUGGACUUACCAGGGUGCCAACGAAGAAACGGAAGAGAAAUGAGGAUGCGCUGGAUCCGGCGUUGACUGCGGGAGCUGCUGUCGGCCUUGCAGGCACUCACCACCCUCACCACCAACAGCAGCAGCAUCAUCACCAGCAGGCGCAUCACUAUGGCGGGGAGGGUCUGGGUGUCGCGCCGUCGCAGUCACUCUCCGAAGCUCGCGCUGUGGGUUUGCAUUCCGCCGCUGCCUUGUUCCGCCAACCGUCGAGUAACAAGAAGUACACUCGUCCGCCGAUGUCGAAGUUGUUUGCGUCGCUGGAGCUCUCGCCGGAGAACUUUUUGCAUCUGCAGGCGGCGGCUAAGGCAUAUAUGCUGGAUGAUCGCCACCCGGAGCGGCGCGACUGUGUUGGUCAGCGUGGAAAGGGAGACACGGAGAUGGUUAAAUUGCGGUUGUGGAACUGCGUGCGCCACUUUCUUGAGGUCGAAGGCCAUGGUGAGCGCUUCUUUGGCGAGAAUGUUGUCAACGAGGGCAUGGGACCCAGGACAUACAUCUGGCCCCGAGACCAGCAGAAGAUCAUCUCCUUGGUUAUUCCUUUGCUGCGCCGAAUGGUCACCAACGAGCGCCAGCGGCAGUAUGCAGUGGAGACUAGAAAAGGGGGUGGCACCGAAGAGCGACGGAGACGCAAGACAGAAGACAGUCUGCAGAAUCUGAACGCGACCACACCGACAGAUGAUCAACUCCACAUGCAUUCGCACCACCAUAUCCCGGACGACUAUGCUUCUGCACAGACCGGGUUGUCGGCACCACAACCGCAGCUCGGGACCGGGUCUCAGGUGGAUCUGGGUCUCACGGAUCUCUUGCUGGAUGGGUACUCGACUGACUGGGAUUCGUUCUCAAAGUCAUAUGACAUGUACAAUCACAAUUAUGAGCUUGACAACCUGUGGUACAUCUCGGGUCUCCAGCAACCGGAUUGGCGUGGACUGGUCGCUGCCAUUGAUAGCCACUUUCAGGUCAUUCACAACGGCGGUUAUGACUGUCCGUCGCCAUGUGAGGAUGAGAACCUCCAUCGCAUCCUGAAUGCAGAUGUCACCUCGGACCUGCGUUGGCGUGUUGGCGGGAACUCAGACCGGCCUGCCAGAAAUGAAUUUGCUAGUAGCAUUACCCGUGAUAUCUCGCGGAUCAUCCGAGACAGCCUGGCGACCCAGCACAAUGUCCAUCAAUCACCCCACAGCCAGGCACCCGUGCCCCAACCGCAGCCAUUCCCUCCUCCUAAUUUCCCACCUCUCCCCAGCGCCGUCUCUGGAAAUGUCGGCUCUUCUCCGUCUCCUCCAACCAACGUCUCACUCCGAAUCAACAUUCUCCAAGACGGAAAACGCGCGCAUCCCCGCUUCGACAUCCCGGGAAGCCAGUGCACCGAUCUUGAAACCCUCAAGCAGCUCAUCUCCCGCAAAUUCGCCGGCCAACUGCCAGGCCUCUCUUCCGAGACUAACAUGGACUGGGUCUCUCAACUUAACUGGAAAUUCAAGGUCUGGCUCCCAGAUGGACUGGCCCCGGUGCAAAACGACAACGAGUGGGCAAUGGCCCUCGUCUCAGCCAGCAAUGUGGACUGGAUGGAUGGCGACCUACGAGUUCUGGUUGAAUUAGACGGGACGGCGUCGGCAUCUUGA